AUGAAAUCUAGUCAUCACCGCUCUUCUUCCGAAGAAAGUGAGCCGCAGAAAGGCGAUGGCAAGGGAUCAAAUGAAGUACAGAAACGGCGUUUCCAGGAAGUGAGGAAAUCAUAUUCUUCGGAAGAAGCGUCCGGACCUCCGCGAAAAAGUUAUAAGAGUGAGCGAAGCGGUGAUAAAAGCAACUCAGAAAGCCCAGAACGUGAAAAAGUCAGGGAUGGAAAAAGUGCCGGUAGCAGUCGUGACUUUGACAAAGACCGUGCAGGCGAGCUUUUUGGAGAUCGUGAGAAAAAGAAGGAAAAAACUGUUAGACGUGACUACGAAAUGGAUUCUCGAGUAGAUGAUAGGAGAUCAGAUAACAGAAAUCGAUAUGGGGAUCGAAGUAGAGAACGAAGGAGCAAUGACAACUGGAAAUUUGGAAGACGUGAUGAUCGAUACUCGAAGAGCGAUGCGCGUUGGAGGCGAAAUGAUAGGCCAGGACGUGAUCAUGAUCGGAGGCGAAGGGGUAAUGAUCGUCCGGAUCGGCGCAGUCGAGAUAGUGACGAAGAAGCAAAUGCAGACAGGCCGGCAUGGGCUACAAAAGCAGUUAUAAAACGAGCUGAAGAGAUCCAGCAGAGGAAAUUACUUUGGGGGAAGCAUGAUGAGAAAAAAGAAGAUGACGAUGCGUCGAAUAAUUCGAAGUCUUUAACAAAUUCUACAUGGAAUUCAAUUCUGGCAGCUACAUCUUCUGAUUCUAAACAGUUAGAUAAGUUUAAAAGACUGAUGGGGAUUAAAAAAAGUGACGAACUUCCUACAGAGCCAGAUGUUAACCAAGCUCAACUGGAGGCUGAGCGUGAGCGUCAACGUGCAUUGUACAAAAAUCUUGACCAGCAGUAUGCCAUAGCGAGGUCUACGACGCAUUUGGGGAGAGGGCAAGGGCUUGGGUUCCACUAG